UAUUUCUGUUUCCUCUAAACUGCAGAGGAAUCUGAGCAGAGAUAUACACAAAGAGAGAGAUAUAUAUUUAGGUGGAGGAAAUGGCUAACGGUGAAUUUCCGGCGGUUCCAACUCACGGCGGCCAAUUUAUCCAAUACGACAUUUUCGGAAAUCUUUUCGAGAUCACCUCGAAGUAUCAGCCUCCUAUCAUGCCGAUUGGCCGCGGCGCUUAUGGUAUUGUCUGCUCGGUGUUGAAUUCGGAGACGAAUGAGAUGGUUGCAAUAAAGAAGAUAGCUAAUGCUUUUGACAAUCACAUGGAUGCCAAACGAACGCUUCGGGAGAUUAAGUUGCUUCGCCAUUUUGAUCACGAGAACGUUGUAGCUAUCAGAGAUGUGAUUCCUCCACCUUUGCGAAGAGAAUUCACUGAUGUCUACAUUGCCACGGAGCUCAUGGAUACUGAUCUUCAUCAGAUUAUACGCUCCAACCAAGGUUUAUCAGAGGAGCAUUGUCAGUACUUCCUGUAUCAGAUUCUCCGAGGACUGAAAUACAUACACUCGGCUAAUAUUAUUCAUAGGGAUCUAAAACCCAGUAAUUUGCUGUUAAAUGCAAAUUGCGACUUAAAGAUAUGUGAUUUUGGUUUAGCUCGGCCAACGGCAGAGAAUGAGUUUAUGACAGAAUACGUUGUUACCAGAUGGUAUAGAGCACCGGAGCUUUUGCUUAACUCUACGGACUACACUGAUGCAAUAGAUGUGUGGUCUGUGGGUUGCAUCUUUAUGGAACUUAUGAACAGAAGGCCUUUAUUUCCAGGCAACGAUCACGUGCAUCAGUUGCGCCUAUUGACGGAGCUCCUUGGCACUCCAACUGAAGCAGAUCUUGGGUUUGUCAGGAGUGAAGAUGCUAGAAGAUACAUCCGGCAACUAAGUCAAUAUCCUCGUCAGCCUUUAGCCCAAGUUUUUCCUCGUGUCAAUCCUUUGGCCAUUGAUCUUAUUGAUAGAAUGUUAACAUUUGAUCCCACCAGAAGAAUUUCUGUUGAAGAAGCAUUAGCGCAUCCGUACCUGGCAAGGUUACAUGAUGUAGCUGAUGAACCAGUGUGCCCAGUUCCAUUCACUUUUGAUUUUGAGCAACAGCCCUUGGGAGAAGAACAGAUGAAGGAAAUGAUUUACAGAGAGGCUUUAGCACUCAAUCCUGAGUAUGCAUAAUGGAGAAAGUAGAUAUGUUGCCUGGUAUAAUAUUCAUUCAUUGUUCAAAUGUUGUUUGAUAGAAAAGAGCUGUGGAUGAAACAAUGCAACCCUAAGAGAGAAAUCAUGUUGAACACAAGGCGGGUUACUGAUCAAACAAGUCAAAUCCCUCUGUUUGAUAGUCUUCUGUCCUUGUCACGGGCGUGCUGAUUUUGCACCCAUCACUACCCAUCAGCUGUACACUACCUUACAAUCUUUAUGAGGUUAGUCACCUUACAGCCUUCAUAUGACUAAGAAUUUCUUUUAUUUUUCUCACUUCCUCUUGUAAGAUUUGCUGAUUUGUGAUUUUUUUUUUUGAAAUUUGAACUAUUCUCAAUGUAGUUAAUGCUUAUUGUGUGCAAUAGAUUGAAUACAAAUGUAAACUGUUGCUUGAAUUCCACCCA